ACAAAACCGAUGCGCAGCUUGUCAAAGAGCGUGCACUAGCUGCGCGAAAAAAGAAAGAAGACGCACAAAAAGAAGAAGCGGACGAGGAAGCAGAAUCUAGUGAAGCAGUUACUGAAAUCCCACACGACACAAAACUUGGUCAUGACCACGAGGGUGUCUGGUCUAGUGCGGAUGUUUACAACCAGGACGCUCUGAUUGAUGUUGAGCAGGAAAGUGAGCACGACAUUAAGCAAAAUCAGUCCGACGAUAUGAGCAAGGAGGAAAUCGACGACACUUCUCAUGAACAGCACCGCAUAGACUAUCUCGCAUACGGGUUGGCUUACUUUCUCUACAAAGUUGAACAAUAUCUACCAGUAGAACUUGACCAAAAUCCACACCAGCAGUUUCGUUACGCUAAGUUAGUCUCAAAUGUUGAGCGUCUUUAUGUAAAUUUGUCCACAAACUCAGUCAUGGAUGGUAUGAAACAGUUUGGAAAUAUCAUUAUGUGGAAGAACCGCCCAUUGACAUUCCUAGUCGUAACUAUAUACCUUACGCUUGUUUUCACGGACAUGCUCUUGAAUACAAUCAUCGCUGGUGUCCUGAUUGGAAUUACCUCUAGGAAAGUUUUCCCCCCAUCAUCUUCUUCUCAGAUAGAGUCAAGCAAAGAUGAGCAGGAACGCGCUAGGGAGAUUGUUGACUUGGAGGCUGAGUUUGGGUUAGAUGUAGACGGCAAUAAUGCCCCGGGUCAACGCGAGAAGAGCAUGAAGGAAGCAUACAAAGCCAUAACUGAAUCACAUGGCCGUGAAAUCCAGCUUGUGACCGGAGAUUUAGCUGACUUUAUCGAAAAGUUAAAGAACUUAUACCUCUGGAGAAAACCAAAAGCAACGCGCAACUUCAUACUCAGAGCAGUACUGCCAGCGUUAAUUGGUCUGCAAUUUAUAUCCCAUGCUGCCCUAGUGAGGGGUAGCUUAGCAGGGCUAGGUUUUGUUAUUUUCAUCUGGAUACCAAUCACGAUCAAUUACCCGCGCUACAGGCGCAUGGCAUGGAAUAUGCCUGAGGUUCCGACGGAUGCACAGUAUGCGCUUAGUGUGAUGCGCCAACGCGUGCGUAAAAAUGAACCACUUCCCGUACUCGCCGACCCAUUAAAGAAAGAGACCAGAAAGAAGACAGAUGCACCUCGCAAUCCGAAUAACGACAACACAGAUAGCACUGAAAUCAUCAAGAGCCCAAAGAAGGGCGGUAGCAAGUGGUCACGAAUGGCGGCGUCUCUCCAACGCGGCGGGAAAGCAGCAGAGCGAGGCACAGAUAUGAUAAGCCAAGUAAUUAAUGGCGAUAAAGGUGUUUUUAUCAGACAAGCGCAAGAAGUCUGGGCAAGCAGGAAUGACGAGGACUCUGAGCGCACGUCUGAGAUGCUAUCGCAGGAGAGCGAUAAUGGAUCAAUAAAGAGCAAGCGUCACAUUGGACUGGAGCCAUCAAGGGUCGCUUAUCUGCCUCUCAGGUCGACGCAUUUCGCAAUACUGAAGUCAUCGCCAGGGACGCUCGCGCUGAACUCGAGUGAGCUACGUUUCAAGCCAUUCAAAGGGCCUGACGUUGUAGUGCAGCUGGACGCCCUGGUGGCUGUGCGCAAGAAUACGAGCCUGCGUGUAGGAGUCGAAGUCAGCAGCGGACUCGAGCUGAGCUGGGAGGAGGAAGAGGAUGUGAAAGUGAUGCGACUAACAAAUGUAGCACGGCGGGACGAUGCCUUCAACCAGCUCGUCGCCUGCUCGAGGAAUGUCUGGGUGGAUAGCUAGCUAGCAUAAAUAAUAAGCCUGUAGAAUAAAAAUUAAAAG